UAAAAAUACAGAGGAUGACAAGCCAUCAUUAAACAUUUCAUUAGACAUUGAUGCAAACCAUAAUUCUCAUUUCAAUUACUAUGAUAGUUCUAGUGCAGUUUUUAACAAAGAGAAGUAUAUCAGAAGUAUAGAAGCUAUGGGAGUAACAGAAACAGAAACUUUUGAUGAAUGUGUUAUGGAACCUGUAUUGAAUGAAUCUUAUGGUAUUCAGCCUUCAGAAGAGUAUCUUGAGGCAAAGAUUUGCUGCACAGUGUCUGAUAAGCCAGAAAAAAUAUAUGAUAUGGAUUUAUCAAAUAUUUCUCUAAAUAGCUAUGAAUUACUUGAUUACACAUUACAAAAUUGCAACAUUCAACCACCCGAAUUAAUUCAGCAAAGUGGAGAAGAUAUGCAUGUAAGCAUGUCUGAGGAAGUAAAUGAAAACUUAAAAAUCAUUUUAACAAACAAUAAUUCCGAAAUUAAACCGGAAAUUCCAGAAAAACAUAUUCCAACAUCUACAGAUGAGCAAAUUGUAUUUAGACGUCAACGACGUAAGAAAUCCAAAUCAGAUACCCCUAAAAAGAGGGUUUCAUUUCAUGAAGACAUACUGAAUAGCACUAAAAUCGAUGAUAUACAUAUAAACCAUGGCUUCAUAACUCAUGAGUCAGAUGUGUCAACGAAUUUCUUUCAGAGGGGCUUCAUAAAAAAGCCUGAUACAGUAGUGGGUAGGUAUAGUUGGGCAGCAGAAGGAGAUGCUCCGUUUUAUGAGAAACAAAUACCACAGCGAGAAGUUAAGUCAGAUAUUUAUGUCCAGAGGGGAAGAUUUUCAUCUUCCUCUUCAAGCUCAAGUAAUAGUAUAUCAAGCUCAAUAGAUGAAGAAGAUGUGACCUCCAAUUCAGAAGAAAGUAUUAAAACUAAUGAGCCCUCGCAAAAAAUGCCGAAGUCAAGUUGUCUUAAGAAAACAAAACAUAGGAAUCGUAUCGACACGGAUAUUGUACAAGAAGAAGUUACUGUUCGUAAAAAGAAAUCUGAAACAAACCUUUUAGAUGCAAAUAUAUUUGGUAGUUUCAAAAACAUGUUCAAUUUUUCAAGUUCACUUCCUUUUGCUGAACGAGGUGUACCUGAGGGUCAGGAGGAUAUUCACAUAUAUUCAUCAUCUAGUGAUGUAAUAAAAUGUUUGGAAGAAUUAUCUGUAUCAAAACCAACGUUAAAUAAGUCCUCUCCUACAAACAGAAAUGUAAACGUGAAUUUAGAAUCUGCAAAAAACAAUUUGAAACUUACAAAAGGUGAAGGAUUUCAUCCUAUUUAUCCCUCUGAGCAGAAUUUGCCCGGCAAUAUCAUAUUAUGUGACAAUAAUAUAUAUGAACAUAGAGGUGUGAGCUAUUCUUAUGAAUACGAGCAGUAUCAGAAAACAUUUGAACAACCAGUAAAAACAAAAAGCAGUUCGUUUUACCAGAUGAUUAAGGGGUUCAGUUUUUUUGGUAAAAGGAAAGGCAAAGAAGAACCGCAUCAAGAAAAACACGAAAACGUUGAUAAAGUUUACACUACUUCAACGCCAACCAAAGAAGGUAACAUACAAAGAAGUAGUGAUGGCGAAAGUAGCCAAUUAGAUGAUUUCAAAAUGAAUAAUUAUCUCAAACGCACCUCUUUGUGUACUGAUAUAUCCGAUAAUAACACUGAUUUUACCGAAACAAACAAUACCAGGCACUUAAAUUCCCCAAAAAAGAAAAUCAACAAAUCCAACCACUAUUCUGUACAUUCAUUUAGAGUGGACAUUGAUGAUGAUAAAUUUGACAUGGAAUCUCAAGUUUCUUCGAAAGUAUGUCAGGGUUUAAAAUCAACAUCAUCGAAAAUGUCUUUGAUCAACAAGUAUCUACGUAACGUUACCAAUAAAAAACUUUUGGAUAUGAAGCAAAGCAAAAUCAAAAAACAGAAAUAUCGACUUCCACUUUUUAUUCCGGGUAUCAGACCUGAUUUGCAGAGCAGUAAAGAGUUGGAUAAACAAAUUGAAGAAGAACUUGAAAAAGGGCUAGAAAUAAUUAAUAAAAGAAAUGUAGGUGUAAAUUACAACUUAAGAACUCGGUUAAAAAGAGAAGUUUUGAGAGAUGACCAGGAAGACUUAUUAAAGGUAUAUCCAGUCCGUAGUGCUUACACUACUGUUGGUGAGAGUCAACCAUUGCUGCUUCUCAUUACAUACAGCACUAUUUAUAUAACUGGUUUAAAACCUAACAAUUCGUUUUGUAACUAUUUUGUUUUACCUUACACCGAAUUAAACACAAUUUUGAUUGGCCCAAAUGCACAAACCAUACACUUUUCCAAUUUCGACAAUGAUAUGCAAUUUAUUAUCACUACAAGAGGCACACAAGCAACUAAUGAAAUUGUGGCACAAUUGGAGAUGGCAGUUCGAAACGAUUCUAACAAACCCAUUCUACCAGCAAUCAAGCAACUUAGUCUAAGAGAUAUGGCAAACUUGAGAAAAUCAGUUUGCAAACAAUCAUCAGUAGAUAAGGACGAAGAAUACUAUCAUUACAGUAUAGUAUAUGUACAAGAUUUCAAUAGCGAUAUGGGAGAAACUCCUCUCGGUCCAAGUAAGGAAGGGCCGCUCAUGUUUAAAAUGGAAGGGGAUACUCGAUGGGAGACGGCGUACUUUAUUUUAAAGGCUGGAAUCUUGUAUAUGUUGUCGUCGCCAACUCACAGACUGCCCAUGCGAGUUUUGCCCUUAAUAAAUGGCAACUGUCAGGGUGCUAGAAGGACUUACAAUCCAAACAGGCCGCACACAUUUCAACUUCAAGUUGGUGCAACUACGCUAAUGCUAGCAGCCCCCGAUGAAUAUAUUGCUAGCGAGUGGUUGCAAGUGCUUGUAUUGGCAGCUAGUAAAACUUAUAUGCACAAAGACAAAAUAUCUGCUCAGUCAUGUUCACUUUUAAUGACAGGUGAACACAUUCUAACUGUCAGAGAAGCAUUUCCUUACACUAUUAAUAAUGGCAGUUCUCACCAGCCGAUUAAAGGGACACAGGUGCUGUCUUGUGCUUCCAUUAGCGAUUUAACGGCAUUGAGAUUGCCUUCAGCAGAGCAGAGUUGGAGUAUUUUGGAAUUUGCUUGUCGAGAGGUGCAUGAAAGUAGUGGAGAUUGGAUUGUUUAUUUCUCCAGUAAUGAUGAGCUGGAAACCUUUUUAUCAACUUUGGAGAUGUUAUGGAUGUAUCAAAAUGAGGAGGGAGAAUGCUUCCCUUUAAGUACUAUUCCUGAAACAGAUGCUUUAAGUAAAACGUGUGUAGACACUUACACCAUGUUGCAACGUUUGUGGCCCUCCUUCAACAUUUAAUCUUUAAUAAAACGAUGUAAUCUUUUGUAUUUCUUAA